UGAUACAGAAUAGAUAUCUCCAAAGGAUGCUUACACGAUUUUGUUCCAAGUUGUGAUUGCAGUCGCCCAAAUGGAAGAUUUAAAAGAGAGCCUAGCGUUUAAAGGUGUUGCGGAGAGACUGACGCUUGGCAUUACCCGAAUACUCGAAAACAUGCCAGGUGUGGUCGAUGUGCGUUUCGCAGAGAGGGAGCCUGCAGAGAAGAGGAGUCUGCUAUCAUGGGAACAGAAAAAUACUUGCAUAUUGCCUGAAGACCUGCGAGAUUUCUAUCUGACAACGGAUGGAUUUACACUGACCUGGAGCGUUAAACUGGACAAUGAGUGUGUUCCCUUAGGAUGCAUGAUGGUUAACAGUGUGGCCAGGCUGUGUCCACUGCUCCAACCAGUAUCACUUUUCUCUCUUCCUAAUGCACCCUCACUGGCUGACCUGGACUGGGAGGAAAACAGCACAGAAAGUGGAUCAGAGCAUGCUCCCGCUGCACCCCAUUUUGAUUCCCGGAGCCGCAUCUUUGAGCUGGAUUCUUGUGGUGGGAAUGGCAAGGUGUGCCUGGUCUACAAAAACUGCACUCCAGGUGUGGUAGCCCAGCAGAGUGAAAUCUGGUUCCUUGAUCGCUCUCUGUGCUGGCACUUUCUGACAGCAACCUUCACCUCUUACUAUCGACUGAUGAUAACCCACUUGGGUCUGCCUGAGUGGCAGUAUGCCUUCACCCCAUAUGGACCCAGCCCCCAAGCCAAGCAGUGGGCAUCCCUGUACCAGCCACUGACCAUCAGCAGUGAGCUCAGCCUGGCUGAUCCUGCCGGGGAUUCUUUUCUUAACAAGCUGGAUCCUACUAAGGCCUUCAAAGGCAAAGCCAAGGUACCCGCCCCCAAGAAGAAGCAGUCGGCGCAGUGCAGCUUAGGGAGCACUGCCAAGAGCCAAGGCAGCGCAGGAAGACACAGUGGGGCAAAGCGGUGAGAAGAUUCCCGUAAAAGGAGAACACUGUAGUCAUGUGUACAUGACCAACCAGGGCUUUCUUGGUUCAACACAUGGCUGAAGUGGUACCAGCAUCCUGAGGCAACGUGGCAUGUAAAACAGUAUUUCUAACAUUGUUUAUGUUUAGAUUUAGAUAUGCAUGGAAAACCCUGCUGGCUCAAGUAUUGUUGUUUACCUCUUACUGAUGGAGAAAUAAGGCUUUCUGAAGCAGCCAAGUGCAUCAGCAACACAUUCAUUAUAUGCAGCCUCAUUUAACCCAGUGUUCACUAGUCAAUUCAUAAAAAUGGUCAUGUGCUGCUGGCAUAGCACAAGUAUUACUGACAUGUAGUAUUCAAAUUGUACUGCUGCUGUAACUAGAAAGGACUCGUUAAUACUUUAUAAUGGCACUCUAUAAUUUUAUAACAGUAAUUAUUAUCACUAGGCUUGGUUUGCUGUUGUAAAUAUUUCAAUUUUGAAUGUAUUAUACAACAAUAACAUAUAUAGAAUAUAUAAAGUUCUAAAAGAAGUUUGAAAACAAAAUCUCUAUGUUUAUGUGACUGUAAAACUGAAAGAAACAGGAAGACUGAAAAUAAAACUGUUGGUUUCAGUUGGGCAGUAAAAGUGCUUUUCACCUGGAGACACCAUCACAUCACAUGAGUCACUGAAAGUAAUACGACCCACAAUCCAGAGCUUCUGUGGAAACUGUUGGACAUACUCCACAGACGCCUGGGAGCUUUGGUAUCAAACGUUACAGCACUGAUGUGUGUAUGGACA